CAAAGCAAAAUGGCAGCCCGUUUCUUUGUUGUCUUCAGCGCGAUAAUCGUCCUGGCCCAAGGAUCGAAUAUCUUGCCAAUCGAAGAGGAAUCGGAGGUGGCAGUCCACUCUGGAGUGCCCCUGUCUGGAGCUCCUGUGGCCAUCGUUUCCCAAGGACAUCCAUCUGUGUCCCAGCCCAUUGGUUCUGCCUAUGGACACGGCCCACUUCCAGUUCCAGUUGGAGGAGCUCAUCGCGGAAUCGGAUCAGGAUUGGCCGGACCUCGUGCCUACGGGGUUGCUCCUCGUCCUGCUGUGUCCAUUGCUCGUCCUGCCGCCGUGGUCGUUCCCGCCGUUGUUGUUGCCCCAGUGGCGCCCAUUCGCCAGCCUCAUGGAGUGGCUGCCCCUGUUCUCGUGGGAGCUGGUCAUGGGAAUGUGCACCAUGGUCGCCACCACGGAUAG